UGUCUUUAAGAUGUCAUCAAUAGAUAGUAGGGCUUCUAGCAUCAGUAUGGAUGAGCGAAUUUGUCCUUCAAUGACGAUAGAUGAAGCAAGUGGCGUCAAAGCUGACAUAAAGACCUGUUCUUCCAGGUCUGCCAGUUCUGAGAGAGUUAGCAGUGCUUCUUGCACUGCAAAAUGCACCGCUGAGAAACCAUCCGAGCCUAGUGUCACUAGUGAAUACAGGCGCGUAAGGAAACCACCAGGAGGAGAGUCAUCAAUUAUCUUUGGUUGAUGUAAAAUCUUGAAGAACUGUAAUUGCUUGACGCACGGAUACAACAGAGAUUGCAACUUUAUUUGCAUUCAAAAGAGUGUAUCCAACCACGGCGAAAACACUUGCGUUUACAGAUAAGACAACUCAUUAAAAGAAGCUAUCG